GGGCGGGGGGGGGUGCCGCAUAGCCUCGUUAUCCCAGGUCCCCGUGGCGCAGGGCCACGCUCACAGCCCGGGCCACACCAUGAAGUCUGUAAAGAAGGAGUCCCGCUUGAGAAUACCCGCAAGCAGAUUCUUGGAGGCCGCAGAACUCAUUAAAGAAAGGAAGCGGGCAAAGGUACCUGAGCAGCUCACACCCCCCGUUCAGGAAGAACCUGAGCCUGUUAGCAGUGUCCUACAAGGGGGUGACAUCCUGGCCUUAGCCAUUAAAAAGGAAGACUUGAAGAAGCAACACAUUCCUCGCUUUAUUGAGACACAAGAUAGACCUGUCGUCACCCAGAAAUUUAUCAUCCGUAAACUCAAACCCAAGGAUCAUAAGAGGAAGGUCUGCCACUUAGUAGCAUAUCCUGCUACUCCAGAUGCAGCCACGAAGCCCCUGGACUACUCUGGUCCGGGUGACAGCUUCCAUGGCUGUGACCAGAUUCUGCCUCACCACAUCUUGGGGAGUCUCCAGGACUUUAAGAGAAUUGCAGUUGCUCGAGGAAACAUCCAGCUGGCUGAGCUCAUACACACCCCGCCCUGUCUGGUGACCCUCAUCUCAGCUAAAGAGGAGCCAAAGCAGAAAGCCCCAAAAGAAGAGAAGGAGAAGGCGCAUCCCUGGGCCCCGCCUCCUCAACACAACUUUCUCAGAAAUUGGCGGCGCAACCUAGCCUUGCGGAAGCAGCAGCAGGAAGCCCUGAGUGAACGCCUCAAGAAGCCGGUGGGCGAGCUGCUUAUGCACACUGGGGAGACCUACAGGCAGAUCCAGGAGGAGCGGGAGCUCAUUGACCGAACGCUUCCGACACAGCAUGAUGGGAAGAGCUGUGCGGAGACCAGUGGGUUCUGGAGUCGACUGGAAUACUUGGGAGAUGAAAUGACGGGUCUGGUAAUGACAAAGACCAAAGCUCAGCGUGGCCUCCUGGAACCGAUCACUCACGUCAGGAAGCCCCACUGCAUCCAGAUGGAGACAGGACUGCCGGCCCAGAAGGAUGCUUGGUACCGCUACACCUGGGAUCGGAGUCUGUUCCUGAUCUACCGACGCAAGGAGCUGCAGAGCGUCAUGGCAGAGCUGGACUUCAGCCAGCAGGAUAUCGAUGGCCUGGAGGUGGUGGGCAGAGGGCAGCCUUUCUCGACCGUUACCGUGGAAGACUAUCCAGUAUUCGAUAGGAGCCAGGAAAGUUCCUCUGAAGACACAGGGCCCUCAGACUCAUUGGCCAGUUACCCUGACGAUGUUCCCAUGCCUGUUCUUGGCCCUUCUCUGCUGUUCUGUGGGAAGCCAGCCUGCUGGAUCAGAGGCCGUAACCCAGAAGACACGAAGCGUGUUGGAAUCGCUGUUCGCUUGACCUUCGAAACUCUAGAAAGGGAGAAGACCUCUUCGGAACUGACCGUGGUCAAUAAUGGCACCGUGGCCAUUUGGUACAACUGGCGGAGGCGGUCUCAGCUGGACUCUUUCCAAGACCUGAAGAGAAACAGGAUGGAGCGGUUUUACUUUAACAAUCGAGAAGGUGUGAUUCUGCCUGGAGAAACGAAAACCUUUACCUUCUUCUUCAAGUCUCUGAAUGCUGGCAUCUUCAGGGAAUGUUGGGAGUUUGGAACCCACCCCGCCUUAUUAGGAGGUGCUCUCCUGCAGGUCAACCUCCACGCAGUCUCCCUGACCCAGGAUGUUUUCAGGGAAGAGAGGAAGUUACUGAAGGACAAGCUGGCUGCCCACGAAGUGGUCACCAUUGUGGACAGCGUGCUGCAGGAGCUGCUGAGUGGGAUCCUGACCCCAGAGCGUGCGCCGUCCCCCGUGGACGCCUAUCUCACUGAGGAGGACUUGUUCCGCCACAGAAAUCCUCAGCUGCAUUACCAGCACCAAGUGGUGCAAAACCUGCACAGCCUGUGGCGCCAGUACCUCACCCUGCCCCCCAAGGCCGAGGAGACCAGGCCCAGUGAGGAGGAGCGCCACAGCCCCAGGGCCCGGGCUGCCUACUUGGAGAAGGCCUCCGUGAACGUGGAGCCCUCGGCACACUCUAAGAGCCCGGUCUCGGAAUCCCAAGUGGCCCGGCAGGAGAGUGAGGCCUUCAGGGACUCCCGAGACGCUUUAGGGUCCCAGAAGCCUGGAGCGGGGGCUCAGAGUUCUCAGCGGAAGAGCAUUAUGGAGGAGAUCCUGGUGGAGGAGAGCCCAGACCUGGGGAGCACCAAGAGCCCCUGGGAGCUGGAUGGCCUUCCCCCACCUGAGUGGAACCUCUGUUUGGAGGAUUUCGGAAAGGCAGUGAUGGCACUCCCUGAGGAGAGCCAGAGGGAGGACGCCCUCAUCGGGCUCAACAAAGCAGCCCUGGAGCUGUGCCAGGAACCGAGGCCCCUGCAAUCUGACUUGCUGCACCAGAUGUGUUUGCAGCUAUGGCGGGAUGUGAUUGAUGGCCUGGUGGGCCAUUCCCUGUGGCUGAGGGCUCUGCUGGGCCUGCCUGAGAAGGAGACCAUCUAUUUGGACCUACCAGAAGAGCAAGAUGGCAAGUCCCCGCCUGUCACAGAAGUGAAAGUGACUGCCGGGAAGGUUGGGAAGGAGGACCGGAAAGGGGCAGCCCAGGAAAAGAAGCAGCUGGGAAUCAGAGAGAAAGAGGAUAGAAAACCUGCCAAGCUGCCGGGGAAAGAGGACCGUUUAAACAGCAAGAAGCACAAGGCAAAGGAUGACAAGAAACCGCUGAAAUCUUCAAGUUGGGACAGGGUUUCCUUGGAAGACCCUGCCCCUGACAGCACUAUGACCUCCCAGGAACCCAUAGAUCCCCUGGUCAUGAAGAAAUACACCGAGAGGCUGCACACGGAGGUCUACGGGCUGCUGGACACCCUAGUGACUGACCUCAUGGUCCUGGCUGAUGAGCUCAGACCCAUAAAGAAUGUCGAGGAGACUUUGCGUCUUUGUAUCUGACUCACGCGUGCAAGGUGCCUUCUGGGAAACUGAUUAACAAACAAGUCAAUAAAGAACUUUUAGGCCUU